AAUGGUGGUUGGGGGUGGGUAGGCAAUGGGGUGAGAUGCAGGCGGAAGGCUUAAUAGAUGGCUGGAGGACAUGAGGUGGGUCGAACUUUCCGUCCGGACUGGGAGAGUCGGUGAAGCCCCGUUUGCAGGGUUGACGACGAAAACACACAGCACCAGUCUGGCAAUGAUCCACCACCCAGUCCUGGCCACGCCUUCCCUGCAGCUACAGGCCUUUUAUCACAGCCCACACCGGCGCGCUGACACACGCACAAACGCACGAGCGGGCGCACACGCGCGUGCAAGGUGGCUUCAGGAGGUGGCUUUACCCACGUGUUCCCCGUAACGUUGGGGGACACAAGUGAGGCUGUAUAAAAGGGCUGGGGAGCAUUCUCCGGAACUGUUUGUUUACACAUCGUCAAUUUCGUAGGCUGUGACUUCCCUCCCCAAAAAAAAGAGGGUAGGGGGAGACUUUCGUCAUUUUCCUUCCGGUGCGGGUUUUGUUCAGGUGGUUCCUCGAAAAUCCGAACGGAUAUAUAGGCUUGAGUUCACGAGGAACUCUUCUUACAACGAAGGAGUGAUAGUUAUGCUCUGAGACCUCAAGAGUGGUUUCCCCCGCCUACUUUUGGUUGAUGGACCCAUGGUGUCUCUCAGGGUUGGUGCCAUCGCUCAUGCCAGCCGCAAGGACUGCUGGGAUUUGCUCUACGUCGCGCUUUACGUCAACGACGUCAUAUUUACACCACGUGACCUCUGUCCUUUGAGUUCCGGCCCCCAAGAAAAACAGCCCCAACCUUCUUUCAACGCGACCACCCAAUAUAUCAACAACGAAAAUUUCCUAGAGCCCACGAUUGAUGACAUGUGGUGGUAGUAAGAUGUCAGGUUGCCCAAACCUGUAGAUACUUGACGGGGUAUCUUUGAAAAUUCGUUUUGUCCACGUGAAUACUUACAUUGGACACUCCGUUUGUUUUCCCAAAGAUUCUAGACUUGAGAAACUGUGCAUGUUGGAGACGACAUCAUGUAUUUAGUGGUUGGGAGUGGUUUAUUGUGCUCAGAAAGAAACAAGUCAACGUUGAUGAGAAUGUUAUUCCUUCAGUUUCUAUUUUUAUCGUCACAAGUAGAAACAUUCAGUGUAGAUACAACCAAGCCAAUUGUUUAUAAGGGACCAUCCAGUGGCAGCUAUUUCGGCUAUUCUGUGGCUAUAGUGGAAAACAAUAACGGUACAUGGAUUCUGGUUGGUGCGCCUAGAGCUAAUGAUUCAAGAUUGCCAUCCAUACAUGAACCGGGUACGAUGUUUCAGUGCAGCUGGAAAUACAGAAGCAGCUGUAAACCUGUAACUGUGGAUCAACAUGGAAAUGAAAAACAAACCAUUCCAAGGAACAAACCUAUUAUUCUACAGAACAAGAAAGAUUUUCAAUGGCUGGGAGCUUCUCUGGAUGUGAAUCACAAUGGAAAUAAAAAUGUUAUAGUGUGUGCUCCACGAUGGAAGGAUGCCAAACAUGAAGUUCAAGGCCAUUUAUUUAUGAAUGGAAUUUGUUAUGAGUCUGACAAAAAUCUGAAGUUUAAUGAAGAUAGUCCUUUGCCAGCUCUGGACAAUGUCAAAAUGCAGAUUCAUAUGCAGGGUCACUAUUCUUAUGGCAUGGGAAGCCUCGGAACGUCAGCACAAUAUUCAAAGGAUGGUACCUUCCUGGUUUUAGGAGCACCUGGUCUCAAUGACUGGACAGGUGGAUGGUGUUCAGUAUUGGUAUUGGAAGGUCUCCAGUCCAGACCCAAAAUAUCCGAACCAUCUCGUGAUGUAUACGGUGAUUCCUAUCUAGGUUAUGCAGUCACAACAGCAAGGUUGACAGCAGAUGAAAUAGGUUCACUUACGUAUGUGUAUGGGACCUCGAUCACAGAUAAUACUCAGGAAAGAGGAAUUACCGUGGUUGCAUAUAACAUGAUGUUUGAGGUGGUGAUGAUGAAGGAGGGAGAACAGUUUGGUUCCUACUUUGGUGCAGCAGUAUGUGCGUCUGAUCUAAAUGGAGAUGGCCGGGAUGACCUUCUGGUUGGCGCACCAAACAUGAAACAUUAUGACGAAGGCAGAGUUUAUGUCUACAUCAACAAAGAGUUUUUUAAGCUGGAUCCCUUGGAAUUCAUGAUCAUGGGUUCCAAUACUGCAGGAGCUAGAUUUGGAACUGCUAUUAUGAAUCUUCAUGACAUCAACAAUGACAAUUUCCAUGACAUUGCUAUUGGAGCGCCUUAUGAAGCAACUUCAGGAGUUGUAUACAUCUAUAACGGAGCUAAAUCUGGCCUCCAGCAAAAGUUCUCACAGCGUAUUGUAGGCAGCAGCUUAGACAACAACCUCAGGACUUUUGGUUACUCAAUCUCCAGGCCAUGGGAUGUUGACAGAAAUUCUUAUGCAGAUUUUGUUGUAGGAGCACAUGAGUCUGACAGGGCUGUGUUGCUGCGGACCAGAUCAGUUCUGGACUUGCGUGGAAUGGUGAAAAUUUUACCUUCCAUGGUCUCCUUAAAUGCAACAACCUGCAAAUACAAAGGCAUGCCCUGGACUUGCAUCAAGACUACUGUGUGUCUUGAAUACUCUGGUAUGAGUCUACCACCUACUACAGAAGUGAAGAUAACUCUUCGGCUUGAUACACUUGAACGAAAACGUGGGGAGCAGGCAAGGCUCUUUAUUUUGGAUCCUCUUCUUAUGGGAGCAAAGAAACAGGAAAUUUCAGAAACGGUGGAGUUGCAACUAAAUAAAUUGUCUUGUGUCAAAGAAUAUACAGUUUAUGUCCAGAAAACCAGGGAUGUGAUCACACCACUCCAGAUGGAGCUGCUCUAUGACAUUCCCCACAAUGUUCCUGGCAUGACACACAAAAACCAUACAAUCCUAGACCAUUCUAGACAAAAUGCCCUGCAGAGAUACAGGGCUACAUUUCCAUCAAGAACUAAGCUUGUUAUUGACAGGUCUCCAGCAUUUGAAGUAGAGGUGACUCUUGUGAACAUGGGAGAAACAGCAUAUUUGUCCUACAUCUCUAUGAACUACCCUGAUUGCAUUUAUUUUAGUCGCGUCUAUCUUCUACAUGGAAAUUCUGCUGUCACAUGUCUUUCUCAUAAAACUGUGAAUGAAGGAAAUAAUACUGGAGGCUCUUUAGAAUGCGAUAUCGUCUCCCCCUUGGCUGGAAUGGGCCAGAUGAAAGUUGUUUUCAGAGUACGUUUCUUUGCUGUCAGCUGGCCAUUUCAUCGUGAGUCUUUUAAUGUCAGUGUGAAAGCAAAGACUGCUAGCAUGGAGAAGGACGAACUUCAACAUGAUAAUGCCAUAAACAUCACUGUACCCGUGGUGAUACUUUCCCGUCUACAGCUUUAUAGUGUUUCAUUACCUGGACAGCUGCAGAUACCAUCCACCAGACUUCAGGCAAAUGAAAGUGAAGUCCACCUGACCCACCUGUACACUGUUCACAAUCUUGGUCCUAGUCCAUUUCCCUAUGGUCAGCUAAUUGUCACGCUGCCUAAAACACCUUACAUGUGGCUAAGAGAUGUAAAGACUCAGCCAUAUGGCUCAAGUAACAUUUCAUUAGACUGUCGUGUCCUCUCCGAGUUGCAUCAGGUAGGCCAGAAAGGUGGACUAAAUGCCAAUCAGUCUACCCAUGCAGCUCAUAAAGAUGAGAUCUGUCAUGCAAGCCAGUGCAUCAGGGUGCUUUGCGACAUUGGCGUUCUUCAUGCUGGUGAAUUUCUUGCUGUUGCCCUCGACAUCACGGUUCAACAUCAGAUUAUGUACAAGAUGAAGGGAGAUAGACAACCGAGUAUAACGUCUACUGCCAUCUUGGAGGAACCUGAUUUACCAUCAUUUGUUUCUUUGUCCAUUGACAAAAGUAUUUAUACCACCACAUUCCUGGUGUAUGAGAUGCCACCACGGAGUAAAUUUACCUGGUGGGUUAUAGGCAUCAGCGUUGUCAGUGGUAUUUUGCUGUUAUACAUCAUCAUUAUAAUUCUUUGGAAGUGUGGAUUCUUCAGACGUAAGAGGCGAGAAGAACUUCAAAAGUUGAUAGAGACAACCUCACAGACAGAAGGUGAAGCUUCACAUUCCACAGGCCCUAGCACUCCUCUUCCCUCAACUCCUUUCCUAAACGAAGACUUAGAUGAGAACGACAUUAUGGUUCUUUCACCCACAAACAGCUUCUUCCCUGAGUCACCACAUCAGACCUUCACCUUCCAUACUAACAACAACAUCAUCAACAGUAACUACAACCAUCACAGCCUUCGACGUAGCAUCAGUGGCAGUAAUGGUCGCUGCCGUGACAACAUCCGGCAUCAUCGACGGACCAGAAGUGGAGGAAACCUGGAGAGAAGUCGCUGUCAUUUUCCAGAACACCACCAUCACUGGACACCACCACCUCUACCGCCGCCACCACCGCUGCCUGCUUUUAAUAAUCAGCUUUAUCUGGAACCUAUGGAACAUACUGUGUAAAUUGUGGGUUACUUUGAGAGUUAGGGUUGGAAAAUUGAACAACAGAUUGCUGUUUCACUGUGUUUACAGAUAUAUGAACUGAAAGAGGAUAAUAGAAGAUAAAAGAAAUAAAAUAUAUAAUUUGUGAACACGAUUAAACAAAAAUUAUUCAAGAAUCAGAAACUAAAGAUUUUCAAUACAUUGCAAGUAUGACCAUUUUGAGUAAUAUAUUUUCUCAGUUCAAUUUGCGUUAACCCAUAUAUAAUUUAACAUUUAUAUACUAGGUCCAAACAUAGAAGGUGGUGUAGUUACCAAAUGCUGAUUCCUUCUGAAAUGUGUAAACAGUUCUGUAUGUUUAACCUGUUGCACAGGAAUUAUACUUUGUACCUGCCCAAAAACCCUGCCAAAUACUUUUUUUUUUUGCUCCAAACUAAUUCCAUUAUCUGCUUCAGCAUGUACAUUAUUUGCACACCUGAUUGGCAUCAUUUUUGCUUGGAAUCAUUCUCAUCUUUGAACAUUUAUGCAACAUAAAUGCAUUAUUAAUCUGCCUGCUUGUUUAUGUCUGUGUUUCUUGCAUCUUGCUUAUAAUCAGUGACAUGUGAUGUUGGAUAUGUUGCAAGGGAUAUUAAAGGCAGAGUGAGAGUGCGUGUGUGUGUGUGUUGAUUUUAAGUGCAAUGAGAAUUUUAAGACAGUUCAAGAAUGAACACAAUCAAACUACAGCAUAAGAAAAGCUGUAGUUUGAGACUUAGAACUGCACACUGAAGAUGUAUAAGACUUAAAGCAGAUGGACUACACUUUCUGUUAUUGUUCAUUUCUAAACAUUAACUUUACCAGCUUAGGUAUUUUUUCAUGUUUAUAUCUCUGAAAUGUAUAUGACUUCUUGUAAAUUUUAACAAAUAAAUAUUUCUAAUUGAGACUUCUUUCAUUUUUUUUAAGACUUUAAAAGAAUAGCUUUAAUAAAUUGUUGGUCUUUGCAUAAUUUUUUUAUAAUCCCCACUUUUUUGUGUUUAUUCAUCCCCUCUUGUUGCUAUGCAAUAACAAAAAGCAACACUGCUGAUCGUCACAAAGCACAGGCAUUUUAAUUUGAUUUGAAACAGGCAGAAGCAUAUUCAGUAAUGCAGCUUCACUGUGGUAACAAAACAUUGAUUGCAAUGACUACUGAGGUCCUGUACAAACCUUUUAUAUUCUAAUCUAGAUUAUAAUGAUUUAAACAUGUUUAAACCAUCUACUAACAGAUCUCUGCAAGUUAACAAUAUAACCAAUGAAACUAUCCACACACCACACAUCUCAUGUCUCAAAGUCAGGGUCAUGGAUCUCAGGUAAAUACAUUCAAUGUAAGUAAAUAUAUACAUUCUCUUAAAUAUCACACUGACAUAAGCCACAACCUUUAGAGGAAAAAAUAUACAUAACACAAGCAUAAAGGCAAAUCCAUUCUACUAGCGGUCAGAUUUUGGUCUGACACCGUUAUAUUCUAAACAGAGCCACACACAUUCUUGUCAUUUCAGGUAACCAAGGAGCUAUACACAUGGGUAACUACAUGGUUAUGACCCCAAAGGUACACAUAUAGUCUAUCAAAGGCAUUUGCCAUGCAUGUUUACAAGUAACAUUCAUACCUACAAUCUUUUAUGGAUACCCGUCUACCUGUAAGGUUCAAUUAGCUUUGUUUUAAAGUAGCAAUGCUUAUAACAGUUACAUGAGAGUUUCUGUAACACUGUGUUCUUGUGCUGCUUUGUUGCAUUUAAUUAAACUAUCAUCUUUGUACUAUUAUACGAUUUGAACCUUUUUCUUUAUUAUAUGAGCCAAAUGGCCUGGAAAACUGAAAUUAUUAUUAACACACACACAUGUGAACAGGUAAAAAUGUACACAAGCAUGCACACAAUGUCUCUCUCUGAAAUUGAACACAUUAGUCUUCAAAAAUGAACAAAUCUGCUAAAAUUUGAUAAAAAAAAA